UGACACUUCGCUACGGUAUUAUAGCGGAAUUUAAGUGUUUGGGUCUUGCUUUUGUUAAGUUGUUCUGUGACUGUGGAUAAAUUUGUAUUUAAAUAACUUUAAGAAACACAUAGUAAAUAAAAUAUGGAUCAAAUGUUGAGUCCUGGGUUUUCCAUUCCCAGCAUUUCCGCAACACCUCUUCAUCAAAUGGAUGCAGAUCAACAGAUUGUGCCUAAUCCUGUUUAUCACCCUGCCGCGGAUAAUCAUGACUUAAAUCACAUGGGAAUGCCUUCGUUAAUGAAUAGUGGAAACUCACCAGCAACAACAAAUAAUGCCAACAUGAUUGGCAAUUCGCAUCCCACUAUGCCGACGGCGCAUAAACAAAUGCAAUCAUUUCAAAGUUCCAGUUCUUUAAUGACAAACGGAGGAGCGCCACAAAGUCUAAUGCAACCACAAACACCACAAAGUUUGAUGUCACCGAUGGUACCGAUGAGUGAACGCGCCGAAAAUCUAAGCAAUAUUCAUCAGACAAUGGGUCCUGCCACUCCUAUGACACCAAUGACGCCCGGUUCCGCUGACCCCGGAAUUGUUCCACAACUACAGAACAUAGUUUCAACAGUAAAUUUGUGUUGUAAAUUGGAUUUGAAAAAAAUAGCUCUUCACGCACGUAAUGCGGAGUACAAUCCCAAGCGUUUUGCGGCCGUGAUUAUGCGAAUUCGAGAGCCUCGUACUACAGCAUUAAUUUUUUCCUCGGGAAAAAUGGUAUGUACCGGAGCAAAGAGUGAGGAUGACUCUAGAUUGGCGGCAAGAAAAUACGCCCGUAUCAUUCAAAAAUUGGGAUUUCAGGCCAAAUUUCGUGAUUUCAAAAUCCAAAACAUGGUCGGGUCCUGUGAUGUGAAGUUUCCUAUUCGCCUGGAAGGUCUAGUACUUACUCAUUGCAAUUUCAGUUCUUAUGAACCUGAGUUAUUCCCUGGACUAAUUUAUCGAAUGGUUCGACCUCGUAUAGUGCUGCUAAUUUUUGUGUCCGGUAAAGUGGUGCUGACUGGUGCAAAAGUACGCCAGGAAAUCUAUGAAGCCUUCGACAAGAUAUUUCCUAUUCUUAAAAAGUUCAAGAAACAAUCUUAACAUAACAGUUUGUUUAUUGUUUUUGCUGAAGUUAUUAUUUCAAUUGCAAAGAGAAUUUUGCAUUAAAUGACUUCGCUGCUCACGUUUGGUUGCUAACCAUGCAUUUGUGUUUGGAUGAAUCAGGGAGUUUAUUUUUUCUAUACAUUAAAGUUAUACAUAAUGUAUGUGUGGAAAGCUAGAUAAGUGUAUAUUAUAGUUUAUUUAAUAAGUAUGUAUAUUAAAUUUAGAAGCAACGGGUUUAUAAGCCGUAAUAUAUAAAUAUAAUCUAAUUUUAUACGGCAUAUUCUAAUAUUUGUAAUUUAUUUAGCUUUUCGUUUAAUAUAUAUAAAAU